AUGGCGCGUGUGUAUGCGGAUGUGAAUCAACGUCGCGGGAAAUACUCGGAAGUUUUUGAGGGAAUCAACGUCGUCAAUUACCAAAAAUGCGUCAUCAAGGUGUUGAAGCCAGUCAAAAAGAAGAAGAUCAAGCGAGAGAUCAAAAUCUUGCAAAAUUUGGCCGGAGGCCCCAAUGUUGUCGCUUUACUAGAUGUCGUUCGCGACAGUCAAAGCAAAACGCCCAGCUUAGUCUUCGAAUAUGUCAAUAAUACUGAAUUUCGAACACUGUAUCCUCGCUUCGUUGACUACGAUCUUCGGUUGAUUGACUGGGGGCUAGCUGAAUUCUAUCAUCAAGGCACUGAAUACAAUGUGCGGGUUGCGUCACGGUAUUUCAAGGGGCCGGAGCUGCUGGUUGACUUUCAAGAAUACGACUAUUCCCUUGAUAUGUGGUCGCUCGGUGCCAUGUUCGCCUCAAUGAUAUUUAGGAAAGAGCCUUUCUUCCAUGGCAGCAGCAACUCGGACCAGCUCGUAAAGAUUGCCAAAGUUUUGGGGACCGACGGCCUUUUCGAAUAUCUCGAUAAGUACGACAUAGAAUUGGAUCCUCAGUACGACGAAAUACUUUCACGGUACCCGAGGAAACCCUGGCAAUCUUUCGUCAAUCAAGAAAAUCAGAGAUUCGUCAGUAAUGAAGCGAUUGACUUUCUUGAUAAGUUACUAAGAUACGAUCAUGCCGAAAGGCUUACAGCUCAGGAGGCUAUGGCUCACCCGUAUUUUGCACCUGUGCGUGCAGCUGCCGCGCAACCUACCCAAAAUUCAGGAGCUCCGUUUCACUCGUAG